AUGAAUCAUGGAAUUCACUUUGCUCAACUUAUAUCAUCCCAGAUUAUAUUCAGUGAUAUCUGUGGUGAAAAAAAAUUUCAGAUAGUAGCUAGAAAAAAAUCCAGAUUAUACUGCGUGAUAUCUGGAUUAUACUCAUUGUUGGUGUGGACGGUAUUACUGAUAUUAACAACAAGUCUCCUGACAAAUGGGGCCCGACCAGACCCACCAUCAUCUGGUAUCACGACCGUAGGCUCGCUAAAACUAGCUAAUGCCGAAGAUUGUGCUGGAGUAGUUGCAUUCUCCGCAACAUCAGGACUUAAAACCAAUACCCGACUGAAAUUCUCGCAGACGCAAGUAAACAAAGGCGUCGGAUACGCCGCAGAAACAGGAAUAUUCACGACUCAUUGCCCCGGAUUGUACCAAUUCAGCCUAGCUGGAUAUGGUACCGCCGACUUGAAGCUGACAUUAAAGCGCAAAGCUAACAGAUCAGAUGAUUGGACCCCCAUAGUGUCCACCGGAAUUGGCGGCGGCUCAAAUCUUGUCUUCCUGGACUCCGAGAUCGGUGAUCAGCUCGCCGUUUUCGUGGACUCCGGCAACCCCAAUGAAGGAACAUCCUUCUCAGGGUACCGAGUCGCCAAAAAAUAA